CCCUGGUCUCGGAUCAUUCUGGAAACCCCAGCCUCCAAACCGCGCCCCCAAAUUCCCCCUCUUCCGCCUCUCCGGCCGCCGCGUCGUACACAACCUCGCGCCGGUGAGCGGCGGCGCCGACGAAGCAGGACUCCCUCCGCCCAGCCCCAUUCUCCCGCGUGGGGGGAUCCAUGGAGGGCGGCGGCGAGGUGGGCUGGUACGUGCUCGGCCCGAACCAGGAGCACGUCGGCCCCUACGCGCUCUCCGAGCUGCGAGAACAUUUUGCUAAUGGGUACAUCAGUGAGAGCUCAAUGCUCUGGGCAGAAGGGAGGAGUGAAUGGAUGCCAUUGUCGUCGAUUCCUGACCUACUUGCGGUGGUCACAAAAAAGGAUCAACCUGAUGAAGGAAUUGAAGAUGAUUUCGAUAAAUUUCAAAAGGAGGUUAUAGAAGCUGAGGCAGAGGUGGAAGCCUCGACAGACAAGGCUGCAGAUAACGACAUAAACCAAGAACAUGGGGCCGAUGAUCCUGAUGACCGGCCAGCAACCCCACCAGAUGGCGAGGACGAAUUUACUGAUGAUGAUGGUACUGUUUACAAGUGGGAUCGUGUCCUGAGGGCAUGGGUUCCUCAAGAUGACCUAGAAGGCAAAAAUGACAACUAUGAAGUUGAAGACAUGACUUUUGCACAUGAGGAAGAAGUUUUCCAAGCACCAGAUAUUGCUGGUUCAACCACAUUAGAAGAAAACAAUGUUUCUGCCGAAAUUGAAAUCAAAGAACCAACAAAGGUAGAAAAGAGAGCAGAUAAGAAGCGGAAGUCUUCUGAGAAGCCAGCCGAUAAAAAGGAAGCUAACAAACCUCCAGAUAGUUGGUUUGAUCUCAAAGUUAACACACAUGUCUACGUUACUGGUUUGCCUGAUGAUGUCACAGCUGAGGAGAUUGUGGAGGUAUUUUCCAAAUGUGGAAUUAUAAAGGAGGACCCAGAGACAAGAAAACCCCGAGUAAAAAUCUAUACUGACAGAGAAACAGGCAGAAAGAAAGGUGAUGCGCUAGUGACCUACCUCAAGGAGCCUUCUGUAGCACUAGCAAUUCAACUGUUGGAUGGGACAUCAUUUCGCCCUGGUGGUAAGACUCUAAUGUCUGUUAGCCCGGCCAAAUUUGAGCAGAAAGGUGAUGUUUUCAUUUCUAAGAAGACAGAUAAGCAAAAGAAAAGGAAAACCAAGAAAGUUGAGGAUAAAAUUCUAGGAUGGGGUGGACAUGAUGACAAGAAGGUGACGAUUACAACUACAGUUAUUUUGAGGCAUAUGUUCACUCCUGCUGAAUUGCGAGCCGAUGAAACUCUUCUUCCCGAGCUUGAGGCAGAUGUUAGAGAAGAAUGCAUGAAGCUUGGUCCAGUUGAUAAUGUCAAGGUCUGUGAAAAUCAUCCAGAGGGUGUUAUUUUGGUGAAAUUCAAAGACCGGAAAGAUGGUAUCAAAUGCAUAGAGAAGAUGAAUGGAAGAUGGUUUGGUGGGAAUCAAAUCCAGGCGAGUGAAGAUGACGGUUCUAUCAACCAUGCUCUGAUCCGUGAUUAUGAUGCAGAGGUGUCAAGGCUUGAUCGAUUUGGAGAAGAGUUAGAAGAGUCCACAUAGCACGUCGAUAAACUGGCGAUUAAUAUUACUCUGCAGCUGAUGGUCGAUCAACUGGCGUUUAAUAUUGCUCUGUAGCUGAUGGUCGAUCAACUGGCGAUCAUUAAUGCUAGCUGAUAGCAUGAGAGUACAAAGUUUUACAGUUAGCUCUUUGCGUAGGUUGGAUCUUCCAUUUGCCAUGUUAAUCUUAUCAAAACUGCUUCUGGGUUUUACCUUCUAUCACCACCAGUACGUGUACAUUAUAUAGAUUAAACUUUUUUUUUCCUGAUUAACAUGUUCGUUUUGACAUAUUAACUUCUACUUCUAGGCUUGUAGCAACUUGCUAUCCUCCUUGGUAUGCAUAAAUCCACACUGAUGAUAUCAA